UUUCCAUGGUGCAGGGCAACACUAGCUCCUGCUGCUGGGGAAUUCAGUAGCCAGAUUUGAAAGCCAAAGCUUGUUCAGAUUUUACAGGCAGCAAAAUGUGAUCUUAAAGUAUGACUAUAAACCUGCCACUUAUCCAUCAAAUACUCUGAAUGAAGAUGGCAUCAGAUUCACAUGCUGGGCUACAGCUGAAGUAUUCACUCACUCAGCUACCCCAUUCACUGAAGCAGAACCGUGGUAUAACAGGUUCCCCUCACCAAGCCAGUACUAGGAGCUCCUCUAAGGAUCCCGGCAACUCUUGGAAGCCUCCUGUGCUGAGAAAUGAAUUCCAGCUUAUGGAAAAACCCUGUGGAAAUACAAAAAGACCAAGGACAUCGCCUUCUGUAUACAAAGACCAAGGGAGAGACCUGCUCUUCGCUAAGCCCCCUUCCAGCACCAAAAAGUGUAUAUCUGCAAGAACUACUGGCUCCAGAGCACCGAACAAGGAAAAUAAUAAACGUGACAAGGAAUACCUGCUCAUAUCGCCAGGAUACACUAUGAUACGCUCAAAGGAUCAUAUUGAAGUCAUGCUGGAGGAAAGCCUCUUUAGAGACACUGCAGGAAGCAAGUCUCCUCCAGCUAGCAGACAAAGUGAAGAAAGCCCAGGAAGAGAACAAACAGUUAAGAAGAAAGAUGUUCUGUUGAUGAAUAGACAAGGUAUUGUGGAAGAUUUGCAGGAACAAAUUGCCAAACUAACCUCACUACUGGAGCAAGAAACAAAAGAGCACAGAAAUACAGAGAUCAGGCUGAAUAAGGAAAUACAGGAGGUGGCUGCUCAGCUGCAAAAAAAGAAUGAGGAAGAUAUUCGGAUUCUCCAGCAGAAGCACCUUAAUGACCUGCAAGCUCUUCUAGAACAGAGCAACUCCAAGCUAGCGCAAGAGAACGCAGAUGCUGAAAAGAGGUUAGAGGAGCUGCAGAAGGACUAUGACUUCCUGAGGGGAUCCUUUAGCACUUAUAAGGAAAGCUUAUGUGAAGAGAUCAAUGAAUCCUGGGCACAAAAAGAGGCUCAGUGGAAAGAAGCAUUUGAAGAAAAGAAAGUGAGAGCGCUAAGCAAGCAAAACCAGGAAUUGCGAGAUCUCUUUGAGAAAGAGAAAAAAGAAUUAUGGCGUCAGGCUGAGGAAGAACUGGAUAUGGUGCAGGAGAGCCACAAAAAGCAAGUGAAUGAAGUCUGGGAGAAAUACAAAGAGGUCAAGCAGGAAUUCCAGAAGCUGAAUAUAAUGAAAGAGAAUUUGCAGGCAGAAAUAGCAGAGAACAAAAGAAUCAUUUCUUCACAACAUUUGGAGGCCCAGAAAGUGCAUCGGGAAAAUGAGAUGUUGAAAAGUCAGGUGGAUCAUCUGAGAAAACAGACUCACGUAAGAGUCAGCAAAGUGGAGGCUCAGUUCAAGCAAAGAAUUGUUUCUCUUACCAAUGAAAACGCAGAUUUAAGGAGAAGACUUAUUACAAAAAGUGAGCAACUUUUCAAUGAAAGAAACAAAGAUGAAGUGGGGGCGACGUAUCUGGAUGCAGCAGGAAAUGGAAGGUUAUAGGACUGCAAAAUGUUCAUUCUCACAGAGCAGCAUGGAUUAGGAGAAUGCAAAGGAAUAAUAUAAUGAAGCAUUAUCUAAAGUUAUAGCACAUAUAUAAUCUGUUUCUAAUGACGCAAUGUAACUCCUUACUUUUACUUGCUUUUCACUUAUUCGCCAUUUCAUGUGCAUUUUGGGUUAUUUGCAUGUGUCAAGCACAGGAUGUCCAUUUAGCAAUGUUAGAGAGUAAUGCAAAACAAACACAGAGAGAUACUGAUGUGGCAUUACACCAGGCUUACCAAUUUUUACAGCAGAUGCCAGUCUCUCCAUAUCAGAUACUACAUGGAAAAAAAACAGGUAUUGGCUAUGACCCAGAGCUUUUGUUCUAAUAUAUAAAGUAUUCUCAGAACAAACUGAGCUGAAAAGUAACCUAGCAUGCUAGAGGAGACAAGUGGGGGUUGGGAUUGUGGCUUUAAGGAGGCAAGGAGUGUGUGACCAAAAACCCUUAUACUGGCCCCAUGUUUAGCCAGUGCAUGAUCUAGCCAAGAUGGUGGCAGCCCAUUGUUUCCCGCCGAAAGGGUUUUAAACAAAGAAGCUCCCAGAAGUCCGCUCCAGAGGAGCUGGGCAAGCCCCUCCUAGGUUAAUCCCCUCCCCUAAUGAUGCUGCAGGGGACCCAGCCAAUUGGAGCUGCCACGGUUGGGUUAAGCAGAAGCAGGGUCAGCCUCCUAACCAAUCAUUCCUAGGGGGUGUGGAAAAGAGGGGAGGUACCAGCAGCAGGGUAGAAAAACCAGAGUUUGGGGAUGGAGAGGGGCUUUUGGUUUGUCUGGGUGUAACCUCACUACGGCAGGACACCCUCCCCUGCGGUUCCUUGGAAUCCACCCUAGCUGAGGCAGAAAGAUUCCCUCCAACUGGAUUACCCUAACCCCUGCGGAAGGACUGUUUGCCCUGGAACCAAG